GUCAUAGUGGAGAAGGUCUCAGGAUCUCAGAUUGUUGAUAUUGACAAGAGGAAGUACUUAGUUCCGUCUGACAUCACUGUGGCCCAGUUCAUGUGGAUCAUCAGGAAGAGGAUUCAACUGCCAUCUGAGAAAGCAAUAUUCCUCUUUGUAGACAAGACUGUCCCACAAUCCAGCUUAACUAUGGGACAACUUUAUGAGAAGGAAAAGGAUGAGGAUGGAUUCUUGUAUGUUGCCUACAGUGGAGAGAACACAUUUGGUUUCUGAAUGGUGGGUCUUGGCUACUAUACCAUCCUGCUGUGUACCUUGUAAAUAGCUGAUCAUUUUCUGUUCUGACAUCCACAGAAGUUCCUUCUAUAUAGAUGCAUUUGUAACUGGAUUUAUUUCUUAAUAUAUUGAUAGGUCUUGUUUUAUUAGACUGUUAAAUUAUAUAAAAAAAAGUUUUGUUGUUUUUGUGCUUUUUUUUUUUUCUUUCUCAUGGCUAUGAAUUCCCAGAGCCUCACUCCUUUGGGGGAUACAUUUGAUGACAUUGAUUAAAUAAUAAGGCAAAGUAGUUGGGCUACUAAAACAUGAAAGAAGAAUAUGCAUUUAUUCUGUUUUGAGGUGUUAGUUUAAGAAAAAUAAAACCAUUAAAUUAGUAUUGGGAACACUGGAUUUGCUAACUUAUCCUAAGCAGGAGCAAGAUGCUGAUCAUGUUGAAUUGAGAUAAUAACGUUCCUCUUUCUCAAUUAACAAACAAGUACAAUAAAAACUUCUGUC